GCCAUAUAUGUGACACUGGGAUUGAAGCAGCUAUUAAAAAAGUAGUCUUCCAACAAAGAAGCUCCCAGGAUUGAAUGGGUUCAUUACUGAAUUCUACCAGAUGUUUAAAGAAAAGCCUGUAAACCUGAAAGGGAUGGGGGCAGUGAGGGAGAGAGAAAGUAGCUACCAGCUCUCCUACAAUAGAAAGCUACAGGUUCAUGGUAAUGGAAAGACUGGGAGUAGAUUUGCAGCAGAAGCUCUCAGACCAGAAGGGCACUUUUCAAAAGUCGACUGUCCUGCAACUUGGAAUCAGGGUGCUGGACAUACUGGAAUAUAUACAUGAAAAUGAAUAUGUUCAUGGUGAUAUAAAAGCGGCAAAUCUACUGUUGGGUUACAUAAAUCCAGAUCAGGUUUAUCUUGCAGACUAUGGACUUUCCUACAGAUACUGUCCCAAUGGGAACCAUAAACAGUAUCAGGAAAAUCCCAGGAAGGGCCAUAAUGGAACGAUAGAGUUUACAAGUUUGGAUGCCCACAAAGGAGUAGCCCCUUCCAGAAGAAGCGACGUUGAGAUCCUUGGUUACUGCAUGCUGCGCUGGCUAUGUGGGAAGCUGCCUUGGGACACAAACCUUGAGGACCCUUUGGCUGUCCAGACUGCUAAAACCAAUCUGCUGGAUGAGCUCCCAGAAUCAGUGCUUUCGUGGGCUCCUCCUGGAAGUAGUUGCUGUGAACUCGCCCAGUUCUUGGUAUGUGUCCAUAAUUUAGCUUAUGAUGAAAAGCCAGACUAUCAGAAGCUCAAGAAAAUUCUGAAUCCCAAUGGGGUACCUUUAGGACCACUGGAAUUUUCCACUAAAGCACAGAGUGUCCGUGUCUGUACUCCAACCCUUCAAAAAGUGGAUUCACCAAACGUUACAAUGAAAGCAGCCAUUGAGUUGCCAGAUAAGUUCCCAAAGAAAGCCUGCAGAGGGACAAGUGCAACGUGGAGAAAGGAGCAUGAAGAGGGCCAGCCCCGAGCUCUGCUGAGCAGAGCAGCAGCACAGGAAAACUCAAGGAGAAGAAAUAUGUAUGAGUAUUCAGAUUUUCAGAGUGACAUGCACAGUCUUCAACAGACACCCAGCUAUAUGAGUUUCCAAGGUUCGUAUUGUAAGUCCUAUCCAGAUCCCACCAGUAGAGAUACAAUCAGAAAGCCAAGGUAUCCAGCUCAGUACAGAUAUAUUUCUACCAGUGAUGUGGGUGUCACAGACUUGGGAAGUCCUCCAAGACUUUGUCCUGCAGCUUUCCCAGUGACACUGAGUGAAGACAUGAAGGCAGAUGUGUAUAACUAUGGACUCACUAUAUUGUGCCUGUUGGUACUAGUUUGUCUCGCUUUGUAUUUUCUCUGAAAUCAUCAAAUAAAUCAUUUUUUUUAAAACAAUUUAUAAGGA